GUCUUUCCCUCGUGACUGCAAAUCCUGUGUGAACAUGUCCAAGCGUCUGCCACUGCCAAAGUGUCAUCUCGAGCACGUGUGUUGGCGUUGCUGGUGGCGCCCAGGCGGCCGAGUCACGGCUCAAUUGGCUUAGUCACAGCUUCAACGGCGUCACGACUUGUGCUGUCAUCCAUCGGCAGAGUUCGCUCGCCAUCACGCGCCCGCCACACCGCGCAGCACGACGACACCGAUUUCUUAUACUGCACUACAGCAGUGCAUGGUAGGACUGUGCAGGCGCCCCAACCCACGACCCGCCCGCUCCCACGCCCGCCCGCCACUCCGCACAUCUGCCUCCCGCGCGUCCGCCGCGCCCGCCCACCACCAUGUCGACGCUUCUGCGCCGCUCGCCCGGCCAGCUCGCGCGUCUCGCCCGCUCCUCAUCCACAUGCACACCCCGCGCACCCUUCACACUAAGGCGGCGGGUGCCCGUGCCGCAAUGUCUCUACGCACAGCAGCGCGCCCGGCGGUUUGCGACGGGCCCCGAGGAGCCCAAGAAGGAGGAGGGGAAGAAGGAGGAGGAGAAGAGGAAGGAGGAGAAGAAUGAGGAGCAGAGGGAUGAGACCACUGACGAGAAAAAAGACUACGCUCCCGACAAGACGUCGAAGCUGACGCCCGAGGAGGAGAAGAUGCUCGAUCAGCUGGUCUCGUUUGUGUCCAUGGGCGUGCCCAAGGCGCAGCAGAAGGCGGUCAAGGACGCCAUGGAGGAGAUCAAGCGCACCGGCAUCCCGCCCGAGCUGCGCGAGGAGAUGGACAAGCUGGCCCGCGGCGAGAAGCUCGACCUCGCCACCGCCGCCAAGAUCUCGCGCAUGACCAGCAGCAUGGCCCGCCGCGCCGCCGAGCAGCAGCAGUUCAAGACGGACGAGUCGCAGCAGAAGGCCGGCGCCCACGACCCGGGGCCCCAGAGCCAGAAGGACAGCAAGAAGGACGGCAAGAAGGACGGCGCCCCCAGCCCCAUGGGCGGCUUGGACACCAACACGCUGCUCGUCUCGGCCUUCCUGGCCUGGAUCACCUACCGCAUGUUCAUCCCCAGCGAGAACACCAAGGAGAUCACCUGGCAGGAGUUCCGCACCACCUUCCUUGACAAGGGCCUGGUCGAGAAGAUUGUCAUCCUGAACAACAACAAGGCAAAGGUCCACCUGCACCGCGAGGCCGUCGCCGGCAUGUACCCCGACUCGCCGUCCGUCAACGCCAACUUCUACUACUACUUCACCAUCGGUUCAGUCGAGGCCUUUGAGCGCAAGAUGGACGACGCCCAGUACGAACUCGGUAUCCCCAGCUCCGAGCGCAUCCCUGUCGCCUACUCGAGCGAGAUCUCGUGGUUCGGCACCUUCCUGUCCUUUGGCCCAACCAUUCUGCUCCUCGGCUCGCUGUUCUACUUCACGCGGCGCGCCGGCGGCGGUGGCGGUGGCGGUGGCGGCGUCUUCGGUAUGGGCAAGAGCCGCGCGAAGAAGUUCAAUCACGAGACAGACAUCAAGGUCAAGUUUGCCGACGUUGCUGGCAUGGACGAGGCCAAGCAGGAGAUUAUGGAGUUUGUGUCGUUCCUCAAGGACCCCGGACGGUUCCAGAAGCUCGGUGCAAAGAUCCCCCGCGGCGCUGUCCUCUCCGGUCCCCCGGGCACGGGUAAGACACUGCUGGCCAAGGCCACAGCGGGCGAGUCUGGCGUGCCGUUCUUCAGCGUGAGCGGUUCCGAGUUCGUUGAGAUGUUCGUCGGUGUCGGUGCGUCGCGAGUGCGCGACCUGUUUGCCAACGCCCGCAAGAGCACACCGUGCAUCAUCUUCAUCGACGAGAUCGACGCCAUCGGCCGAUCGCGCUCAAAGCAGAACUUCGGUGGCGGCAACGACGAGCGCGAGGCGACACUCAACCAGAUCCUGACAGAGAUGGACGGCUUCAACACAACAGAGCAGGUCGUCGUCCUCGCCGGUACCAACCGACCGGACGUCCUCGACCAGGCGCUGAUGCGUCCCGGCCGUUUCGACAGACACAUCAACAUCGACCGCCCCACCAUGGACGGCCGAGGCCAGAUCUUCGGCGUGCAUCUGAAGAAGAUCAUCACAAAGGAGGACAUUGAGUUCCUCAAGGGUAGGUUGGCAGCUCUCACGCCCGGCUUCUCCGGUGCAGACAUUGCCAACUGCGUCAACGAAGCCGCGUUGAUCGCCGCACGCUACUCGGCCGACACAGUGACAAUGGUCCACUUCGAACAGGCCAUUGAGCGCGUCAUUGGCGGUCUCGAGAAGAAAUCCCUCGUCCUCAAGCCCGAGGAGAAGAAGACGGUCGCCUACCACGAAGCCGGCCACGCAAUCUGCGGCUGGUACUUCAAGUACGCCGACCCGCUGCUCAAGGUCUCCAUCAUCCCCCGCGGCCAGGGCGCGCUCGGCUACGCCCAGUACCUGCCCGCCGGCGACACGUACCUGAUGAACGUGCAUCAGCUUAUGGACCGCAUGGCCAUGACGCUCGGCGGGCGGGUGAGCGAGGAGCUGCACUUCGACACGGUGACGUCGGGGGCGUCGGACGACUUCCGUAAGGUGACACAGAUGGCCACCGCCAUGGUGACCAAGUGGGGCAUGACGAAGAAAAUCGGCUACAUCUACUUCGACGACGACAACCAGCAGUCGCAAUUCCAGAAGCCCUUCUCCGAGGAGACGGCCAAGAACAUCGACGCAGAGGUGAAGCGCAUCGUCGACGAGGCGUACACGCAGUGCCGCGACCUGCUCGAGGAGAAGAAGCACGAAGUCGGCCUCGUCGCCGAGGAGCUGCUGAAGAAGGAGAUGCUGGGCCGCGAGGACAUGAUUCGUCUUCUGGGCAAGCGGCCCUUUGAGGACCCGCAGGAUUUCCACAAGUACUUCUCCGGCGAGUUCGGCAAGGCGCCGGGGCUGAUGGAGCCCAAGGGUGAGACGGGGACGAAGGGCCCGCUUGUGCCGCCUGCGCCGGCCGUGUUCAAGGCGCUGGAGAGCCCGAGGCAUCACGUGUAGUGACGCGAACAGAGCGUGGAAUGAAGUCAGCGUUGAACCACGUACGCAUGGACAGUAAAUCGCAUAUCAGCGACCAAACAGCGUCGGUAGAUUUCCUUUGUCCUUACGCCUCGCACGGCCAUCUUCCCGUCUUCCCACUCCAAACCAUAGCCUGUAGUAUACGCUUUAUCGUUGCAAGCGCUUGUAUGUAUUGUACGAUUAGACUCGGAGCAGUGUGAAUACUACGAUUGAAAACGCAUUCUUUGUGUUGUGCUGUGUUGUGUUGGGUUGGGUUGGGUUGUGUUGUGUUGUGCUGUGUUGUGUUGGGUUGUGUUGUGCUGUGUUGGGUUGUGUUGGGUUGGGCUGUGUUGUGCUGUGUUGUGCUGUGUUGUGCUGUGUUGUG